UUUAUUCGCACAGCGGGGUGCUAGUAAGGUCACUCACUCACUCACUCACUCAAUGCAGUUGCAGUAGAUAGAGCCUGGCGCAUGUAUAACGGUAGUGAGGUGUAGAGUAGGCUACAACAGUAGUUAGUCAUAGGCCCUACACCUACAGAGAAAAUAAACUUGAUUUUCUAGACUACAACCAUUUCCUUGUGGAUUCCCUAGGGCCUCUCUCUCCCCCCAGCUGCCAACAUGAUGAAGGAGUGCCUCCAGUUCCUCAUCGAGCCGGCGAAAAAAAUCAAGAUCCGCCUCAAGGAGUCUCGUAAGAAAGUGACGAAUGAAAAGAAACAACCUUUAGUGGAGAGUCAGCUGUUUAUAAUGGAGCUGGCCAGGGAACUCAACAGACUGUGCCAGAGGUCAAAUGUCCUAGCCCACAUCUGGACCAGUGAAGACUCCUGGCCUCCCAGUGUGUGUAGAGAAUUCAUAGUGGAGUGGGCUGCUGUGCUGGAGAAUAGAGUACAGCCAAGGAGCAUCCAGACAGACCUGCAGGCUGAGUGGCCAGAGAAAAGGGACUGGAAGGGUCACCUGUUGUGUAUGCUGGAGACAGGUGGAGAGUAUGACAUGGCAACCAACAAACGGGUCAUCAUGGACUGGACACACCAGCUCAGAAACAGACUAGAGCCCAGUAUCUGGCCUGGUGAGCCCGUAUUGAUGAUGUUGGAUGAUCUGGAGUUCCAGUGGAGGAGGGGGCGUCUGCCGAACCUUCUCCCAGCCAUGGAGCUGGUCAUGUGGGUCGUGCUGAGUGCAGACAGCCCUGACAAGGAGGAUGUAACCAAGCAGUGGCUGAUCAGAAAACAGAGGAGUCAGAAGAUAGAUGCAGCCCGCUACAUUCCCCACAAUGUAUGGAAUUGGAUCUGUGAUGCUGCAGAGGAAGUGACCCUUGACCCCAAGACAGCCAACCCUGACCUCAUCCUCUCCGAUGACAAUAAGCGCAUGUGCUGUGGCCUGGAGCGGCGCGACGUCCCUAACUGCACGCGCCGCUUCGACGGCUGGUGGUGCGCUCUGGGAAACGAGGGCUACACCUCUGGGCGCCAUUACUGGGAAGUCGAAGUGGGCGACCGGGACUGGCGGCUGGGCAUGGCUAAAGCCUCCGCCCAAAGGAAGGGUUACAGUUCCCUCAACACAAAGACGGGCUACCUCACCCUGCGGCUGGAGAGGGGCUCGGACCUCAAGGCCUUGACGGUGCCUUCCACCCCACUGGCCCAGAUGCUGGUCCCCAGGAAGGUGGGGGUCUACCUGGACUAUGAGCAAGGCCAGCUCUCCUUUUACGACGUGGAGAAGAGGUCCCACAUCUACACGUACAAUGAGACCUUCACAGAGAGACUGUUCCCUGUGUUUGGGACUGUAGAGGUGGUGAAGGAUCUGGUGAUCAGGCCGGCACAGACCAGGGAACCCUGCCUCUGCCCUGGACCCUGUCUCUGGUGCUGAGCUAAGUGCUGAGAUAACAUACUGCUCGUGGUCAUUGUCAUGAAGCCGCACCCAUCCCACUCACGUUAGAAGUUCAGAACGAGAACGUGUAGGCUAUAUAGAAAUAAUGAUGCUCAAACUGAAAAUCAUUCAACGAAAUAAUGAGUAUUUCUAUGAGCCUAAUCAAUGUGUAGAUUACAUCACACAUUCCAGUGUUCGAACUUGUAAUCAAGGCUGCAUUGGAUUUCUAAUAAUGCGACUCCGUGCAGCCAAUGGCAAUGUCCACGAUAGGUAUAAUACUGGGAGCCACUUGUGGAUUUUACAGCUCUAACACAGUUCCACCUCCAACACCGUCAAAACACAGCAAUGCCAGUGUCGGGUAGCGCAGAUCUGACUGAAUCGAGCCCUUAAUAUUGUAAACGUAGCAAUAUUCUGUGUCAAUUCCAGGCUUGUGGAGUGCAGGCUUUUGUUCUACUCAAGCCCUAACACACCUUAUUCAAUGGUUUGAUGAUUAGUUGAUUAGUUGAAUCAGGUAUGUUAGAGUUAGACUGGAACAAAAGCCUGCACUCCUCAGGACCAGGGUUGAAGAACAGUCAUUACCCCCUCCCCAACACUUUUUCUCUUACAGUGCCUUCAUACCAGCUUAUACCCUCUGGGAAUGAAGUGGUAACUAUUUGUAUUGGUUGUUAAAUUGCCAUAGUAUUUCAUGGUAUAAAGACACUGUAAAAGAAAGUGCUGCCCAAAUUACCCAAAGAUCCAAUGUAGUUGAGAUUAUGUAGUUCAGUGAGAGUUUGCACACAGAAGAAAGACAGCACGCAGUAGUCUCAUAACGUAUAUCAGCAUAUUUUUGGAAGUUGCGGUUGAUAUUGACAGUGUGUAUAAUGGUGUGAACAAUGCUUUUUUUCAGUCAUCAAUAAAUUAACACAAUUCUCAAAGAUCUGUUUGUCGGUUUGUGGUCUAAAAAGGUUAUGAGAAUAGAUAGAAAUGCAACUAUAGCAUUGAGGUUUAUAUUCAAUCUUUAUUAAAUGCCAUAAAAUGGACAUGCCAGAUAUAAAAAACAAAAAGCUGAUUAUUAUAUGAACGUUACAUGAAGUAACUGAUGAAUAGCUAUGAAGACAAAGUAUAAACAUUUAUUUUUGGUAUAUUUAUGAAAUAUCAUUAUGAAUUAUAUUUCAAAAAUCAUCAAAUUCAUCUUCUACUUUCGACAAAUAUAAUUAUUUUCGCCAUAUAUAUCACUAAGUGUAAGAACUUGUUACAAUGGACAGUAUUUAGAAUUGAACCAAAGCACAGCAUAAAAAUACAUUAUAAAGAUAAUACAAUCUUUUGUCACAAAACAUAUCCCUCAGAAAUAUCAGGACCAAGUUUUCUAUCUAUGCUAGAAUAUAUUAGUUAGGUAUAACAUGCUUGUAGACUGAAGCUCUCUUUUUAAAACAAUUAUACAGUAAUGAGAUAUCAACAUUGAUAGCGACUGUUUUCUGGAAGUUUUGCCCCACGUGGGGCGAGUUUCAGCCAAUGAGCUGAGCGUCAGCCCCUCGCCAUUUGAGUGACAGAUAGCAAGAUGCACACACAGCAGCGCGAGAGAGAGAGAAAUGACGUGGUGCACAUAUCUGCACAUAUGUGACGUGGUAUGAAUUUCAGGGACCACUUUUCGCUCGUGAGCGCUACUUUCAGAACUACUGGCUAAAAAG